AUGUCCCUGAAUAUGAAGACUCUGAGCCAGGCCUUCGCCAAGGCUUCUGCAGUCAUAGAAAAAACUGUUCAAACCACUGUUCAAGAAGUCACCGGUCUACCUAGAGCGUUACAGGACUACGAGCUUUCUGACCAGAUCGGCUCAACCGGACCAGGUCUGGCUUGGAAGCUUUAUUCCGCCAAGUCACGUGACGGCCACUUGCCCGCAGUGUAUCCGACCGUCUGCGUGUGGGUAUUGGACAAGCGGGUCCUGGCGGAGGCCCGACAGAAGGCCGGGCUUUCGAAAACCGCUGAGGACGCGUUCCUGGAUGUGAUUCGGGCCGAUGCUGCCAGGCUUGUGAGGCUACGGCAUCCUGGGGUUGUCCACGUUGUCCAGGCGUUGGAUGAGAGCAAGAACGCCAUGGCUAUGGUCACUGAACCACUUUUUGCAUCGGCUGCUAAUGCACUGGGUUAUGUGGAGAAUAUAGACCAAGUGCCUAAGGAGCUCAAGGGGAUGGAAAUGGGACUGUUGGAGGUGAAGCACGGUCUUCUCCAGAUUGCAGAAACCUUGGAUUUCCUUCAUAACAAUGCUUGUCUCAUCCACCAGGCUUUAUCACCUGAGGCUGUCCUGAUUACGUCAAAUGGAGCCUGGAAGCUUGGUAGCUUUGGUUUUGCGAUAUCAACCAAUCAGUCAUCCAAUGAUUCUGCACACGUUCAGUCUUUUCAUUAUGCUGAGUACGAUGUCGAAGAUUCUGUUCUGCCCCUUCAGCCAUCAUUAAACUACACUGCCCCUGAACUGGUUCGGAGUAAAACAUCUUCAGUCGGGUGCUCCUCUGAUAUUUUCAGUUUUGGAUGCUUGGCCUACCACUUGAUUGCUCACAAGCCUUUGUUUGAUUGCCACAAUAAUGUGAAGAUGUACAUGAAUAGUUUGAAUUACUUAUCCAGUGAGGCUUUUUCUUCCAUUCCAAGGGAGCUGGUACCCGAGUUACAGAGAAUGCUUUCUGCAAAUGAGGCUCUCAGGCCGUCAGCCAUGGAUUUUACAGGCUCACCUUUUUUCCGGGAGGAUACUAGGUUGCGUGCUCUCCGCUUCUUGGAUCACAUGCUUGAAAGAGAUAACAUGCAGAAAUCAGAGUUUCUAAAAGCAUUAUCAGACAUGUGGAAGGAUUUUGACUCCCGUGUAUUGCGGUAUAAGGUUCUUCCCCCUCUGUGUGCAGAGCUUCGAAAUUUGGUAAUGCAACCAGUGAUUCUACCUAUGGUGCUGACCAUAGCAGAGUCUCAGGAUAAAAACGAUUUUGAGCUAUCAACCUUACCAUCUCUUGUUCCAGUCCUGGAUACGGCUGCUGGUGAGACAUUACUGCUACUUGUGAAGCAUGCUGAGCUUAUUAUCAACAAGGCUAGUCAGGAGCACCUGAUUUCCCAUGUCUUGCCCAUGCUUGCUCGAGCUUAUGAUGAAACCGAUGCACGCUUGCAAGAGGAAGUUCUAAAAAAGACGGUCUUGCUUGCAAAGAAACUUGAUGUUCAGUUAGUGAAACAAGCAAUUUUGCCCCGUGUUCAUGGCCUGGCACUUAAAACAACCGUUGCUGCGGUGAGAGUGAAUGCUCUAUUAUGUUUAGGUGAGAUGGUUCACAUGCUUGAUAAGCGAGGUGUUUCAGAUAUCUUGCAAACGAUUCAACGAUGUACUGCUGUUGAUCAUUCUGCUCCAACUCUUAUGUGUACCCUUGGAGUCGCAAACUCAAUUUUGAAGCAGUGUGGAAUUGAAUUUGUAGCUGAGCUUGUUCUUCCAAUACUGAUACCACUGCUAAUUACUCAGCAAUUAAAUGUUCAGCAGUUUGCUAAGUACAUGUUUUUUGUCAAGGAUGUGCUAAGAAAGAUAGAAGAAAAGCGAGGAGUAACUUUGACGGACUCUGGAAUUUCAGAGACACCACCACCUACAACGGAUGGGCCUCUUCCGGGACUAGUUCAUAAACCACUUGCUACCUCAUCUAGUACGAAACACAGCCCAUCAUGGGAUGAAGAUUGGAUACCUUCCAGGGGAGCUUCAACUGCUCACUUGUCUUUCACUACAAUUUCAAAUGAUCGACCGGUCGUUCCAACUCAGCAAGCUCAAGCCUCAGGAUAUUCUCAGUCCUCUUUGACAUUGACUUCAUCUUCUGAACAACUGCCAUCUUCAUGUCCUGCAGUUGAUAUUGAGUGGCCACCUCGAUCUUCAUCAGGCAUUACAACUCAAUUAGGUGACCCUGGGAAGCUUAAUGGAAACAAAGGUUCUUCAGAUGCAGGUUUUGAUGAUAUAGAUCCUUUUGCCAACUGGCCACCUCGGCCUAGUGGCACGACAACCCUUUCUGGAUCUUCAACCAAUGGAAUGGCAACACCGUUUGCCAACAAAUAUCCUUCGAGCAAUAAUGCAACCUCGACUGAUGGUUUGAGUUCGUGGGUAUUUGGCACUCAAAAUUCUGUUGAGCCAAUGAGACAGAUUCAUGGUAGUAAUACCUCAUCCACUGUCGGGGGGCUGAAUGUGCAGAAUUCUUUCGGGUAUCUGAACCAAAAUCAUGGCGCUUCAACUCUUGGUUCCUCCACCCAGAAAGCAGCGGAUCUUGGCUCGAUCUUUGCUUCUAACAAGAGUGAGCAAGCUGCACCAAGACUCGCUCCACCUCCAACAACUGCUGUUGGUAGAGGGAGAGGACGGGGAAGAGGAAGUCAAGGACAACUUAGGAGCACCUCAGCAUCACGGCCUAGUCAGGGGAAAUCUCAGCCUGAGCAGCCGCCUCUACUGGACUUGCUGUAG